AUGGUUUCGGUACAAGAUACCCGUACGCCUAAAUUCUGGAAUAAGAAGAAGGAAGGGAUUUUCGGAAAGAUCGCACAUCGCCUCUCUAAAGACAACUUUAGCGAACUGCUAGGACAGACUCUCCCUAACUUAGCCCGCAUGUUUGAUAAGGAAGCUUUGUAGAGCCUCAAAAACGGUAAUCUAUGGCUUGCCGAGUGGGAUGCAGGCUCAGAAGCGGGCCUUGAGGAGUCAAAAAAGGCCUUUCUCAAAGAUGGCACUACAUUCAUUGAUGUACUAAUUGAGUUCACUGAAUUGAUGCGUGCCGAAAGCCAUCUGGCCGUCUUGCUAAAGAGUUCCGGUACUCGAUUCACCACAAGACUCUUACUAGCAAUUUACGAAGAUUUACCAGAUAUUAAACCUGAAAAGUCUGCCCAGCCAGUCGGAUCAAAACUUCGCGAGUCAUCGGAUGAUAUUCUGAAAGCAAAUGAGAAGCGCAAUAUCCCUCCCGAAAGAGUUUCGGUCCUUCUUGAAAAGAUGACGCUGGGGCAUCCAAGAGUAACGUAUCUCGGGUAAAUAAAGCCCACAAGGCCGGGAGGUAGGUGACGGGGGUUUCUGGGAACACCACGACACCCGAGAUACUAAAAGUUUCUAGUGAUGUGGCUGCAAGAUGCAUCUUUGAGUUGCUGUGGGAGACUGAAUUUGAGAGAUUACCCCACCAAAGCAAGAGAAGCGCGCGUAGAACCGAGACAAGGGACAAGAUCGUGAGCCGCUUCUUCAAGUACCUCGACAAGACUCAAAAGGACCUGGGUAAUAUCAAAAAGGGGCAUAUCUUAUUCCAGCACAAACAGAGGCUUAGGAAGUUUGUCUCACAAGUGGGUUGCCCUACAGACUAUCCUGAAUCGAAAGAUAAUAUCAAUGAGGCUCGCCUCUUCCUGUCGACAACAAUGGGCCAUUUUGCCAAGCUACAGGACCAGUAUCUGGAGAUGCAACUAGAAGUUCGGAGGCUCCGACACUACAUCAGCGCUCUGUAA